AUGUGGCCCACGCUGCUGCUGCUGGUGGCCCUGGGUGUGCUGGCCCUGGGGCGGGUGGCCCACAAGCUGCUGACCCCGUCCGGCAACCCCUUUGCCGGGCCACCCCUGGAGCCCCCCCGGCCGCUGGUGACGGACCAACGCGCCCGGGACAGGGUGCUGAAGCGGGGCAUCCACUACGUGGGGCAGCUGCACGAGGGCAGCCUCCUGCGUGUGGCACUGGACCAGCUGACGGAUGGGCAGCUCUGCUGGCAGCGCCUGCCCGACCCCUAUGAUGAGGUGACCCUGGGACCCCGGCGCUACCAGCUGCGUGCCGGCAAGGUGGCCUUUGUCACCGCGCUGGAGGAGCAGUUCCCCGCGGAGAAGGCGGCCAUCAGGGAGUUCAUGAAGAUCUCCAAGGUGGCCUCGCGGCACGUGGCACUGCUGGCCGUGCUGAAGCUGGUCCCGCGCUGGGUGGCCACCCUCCUGCUCCGCUCUGGCCUCCUGUCCCUCCUGUCCCCCGUGUUCCACCUGGCCGCCACCAGCCACAGCCAGGCUGUGGCCCAGCUCACCUCUGACCCCGACCUGCGCGCCCUGCUCGGCUACCUCUUCUAUGGAACAGCCCCACGGGACUCCAGCUUCCUGGCAAACGUGCUGAUGGUUCACCACUACCAGCGGGGGGCCUGUGGGUACAUCACAACCCUCUCUGCCCGCAGGAUGACUCGCUACGCUGCCCUGAGCCGUGACGACGUCCCUGAAAACCUGGCCAUGAUGUUCAUCACCUUCCCCGCUGCCAAGGACCCCACCUACGAGCAGCGGCACCCAGGUCGGUCGUGCAUGACCAUCCUGACCAUGGCACGGUAUGAGUGGUUUGAGGAGUGGGCCGGGAGCCUCCCCAGGCACCGCAGCCCCGACUACCAGCAGUACAAGAUGUCCAUCGCCCAGCGGCUGCUGGAGAGGGCCCUGCUCCGCUUUCCACACCUGAGGGACAAGGUGGAGUUCGUGGAGGCGGCAUCACCGCUCACCAACCAGCACUACCUGGCGGCCCCGCACGGGGCAAUGUAUGGUGCCGAGCACGACCUGGGCCGCUUCUGCCCCACCGUGAUGGCCACCCUGAGAGCCGACACCCCCGUGAGGAACCUCUACCUGACAGGGCAGGACGUGUUCUCCUGCGGGCUGGCAGGGGCCGUGCACGGGGGGCUGCUCUGCGCCUCGGCUGUCCUGGGCCGCCUGCUCUACCUGGACCUGCUGCUCCUCAAGAGGAAGAUCAAGCGGCGCCAGGGCCGGCACACGGCGUGAGGGGGACACCGGCCAUGGGGACACCGGGUGUGGGGACACCUAUCCUAGGGAAUGGCUUUGGGCUGGGAGUUUGCUCCCUGCUCAGUAAACCCUGAUGUCCCACUGGCC